AUGUCCGUGGGGGUUGGAGGAUGUGGUCAGUGGAUGAUUGUGGGGGCUGGAGGAUGUGGUCAGUGGAUGAUUGUGGGGGCGGGAGGAUGUGGUCAGUGGAUGAUUGUGGGGGUUGGAGGAUGUGGUCAGUGGGUGAUUGUGGGGGUUGGAGGAUGUGGUCAGUGGAUGAUUGUGGGGGCGGGAGGAUGUGGUCAGUGGGAUGAUUGUGGGGGCGGGAGGAUGUGGUCAGUGGAUGAUUGUGGGGGUUGGAGGAUGUGGUCAGUGGGGGCGGGAGGAUGUGGUCAGUGGAUGAUUGUGGGGGCGGGAGGAUGUGGUCAGUGGAUGAUUGUGGGGGCGGGAGGAUGUGGCCAGUGGAUGAUUGUGGGGGCGAGAGGAUGUGGUCAGUGGGUGAUUUUGAGGGCGGGAGGAUGUGGUCAGUGGAUGACCGUGGGGGUAGGAGGAUGUGGUCAGUGGAUGACCGUGGGGGUAGGAGGAUGUGGUCAGUGGAUGAUUGUGGGGGUAGGAGGAUGUGGUCAGUGGAUGACCGUGGGGGUAGGAGGAUGUGGUCAGUGGAUGAUUGUGGGGGCGGGAGGAUGUGGUCAGUGGAUGACCGUGGGGGUAGGAGGAUGUGGUCAGUGGAUGACCGUGGGGGCGAGAGGAUGUGGUCAGUGGAUGAUUGUGGGGGCGGGAGGAUGUGGUCAGUGGAUGUCCGUGGGGGUGGGAGGAUGUGGUCAGUGGAUGAUUGUGGGGGCGGGAGGAUGUGGUCAGUGGAUGAUUGUGGGGGCGAGAGGAUGUGGUCCUUGGAUGUCCGUGGGGGUGGGAGGAUGUGGUCAGUGGAUGAUUGUGGGGGCGGGAGGAUGUGGUCAGUGGAUGAUUGUGGGGGCAGUGGAUGGAUGUCCGUGGGGGUGGGAGGAUGUGGUCAUUGGAUGUCCGUGGGGGUGGGAGGAUGUGGUCAGUGGAUGA